CGCACAGACACAAUAAAGUUUAGAGCUGUACGCUCGCAGGCAGUAGGCGCUAAACUAAGACCGCUGCAUCGCGUCGCUGCGCUGCGCUUCUCCACACGGAGUUAUUAACGGGAAACAGCACAAGAAGGACUGCAGGAUUUAUCCAGAUGUAGGUUUUUUUCAACUGGAUGCACGCAUUGCUUUAAUUAAAAACACGCGCUUUUCAUUACGCACAGCUAGCGCAAUGGUUCACUGCUGCUUUCUGGAUGUUUUAAUCUAUUGAAUGGCACCGAGUCGGAUAUUAUAGCCUCCAAAACGCACGGAGUACACGCGCUCCACUCCUGCUGGACUAUAAACACGCGCCGCGGUUUCCAGGGCGACCUAACCUAACUUUGUGUUUGAGGAGAUAGCAACUGUGCCAACAUUUCCAGAGGGCAGCCGCUCCGGUGUCGCGGUGACCAUGCCCGGGACGAUGGUGUCCCUCGGCGGAGCAGCCUUGCUCGUCUUGCUCGGGCCGCUCUGCGUGGUGCAGGCUUUCGGCGACGAGGUGGAGGAAAUGACCUGCGACCCGAUCCGGAUCAGCAUGUGCCAGGGACUCGGCUACAACGUCACCAAGAUGCCCAAUCUGGUCGGCAACGUGCUGCAGUCGGACGCCGAGCUGCAGCUGACCACGUUCACGCCGCUCAUACAAUACGGCUGCUCCAGUCAACUCAAGUUCUUCCUGUGCUCAGUCUAUGUGCCAAUGUGCACUGACAAGGUUCCCAUCCCCAUUGGGCCAUGUGGCAGCAUGUGUCUGUCUGUCAAGAGAAAAUGCCUCCCAGUGCUCCAUGAGUUUGGCUUCAUAUGGCCUGAGGUGCUGAACUGCAGCCUCUUCCCACCUCAAAACGACCACAACCACAUGUGCAUGGAGGGUCCGGGGGACGAGGACCCACCCUACCAGCCCGUCCGCCAUCCACCCCACCAGGAGGAGUGUCAGGCCCUGGGAUCUGCACCUGACCAGUAUACCUGGUUAAAACAGACCGAAAGCUGUGCUCUCCAGUGUGGCUACGAGAGCGGGCUCUACCGACGGGGGGCCAAAGUCUUCACAGACGCAUGGAUGGCGGUGUGGGCCGUGCUGUGCUUCCUGUCGACCACUCUGACAGUCCUGACCUUUCUGUUGGAUUCGCAGCGCUUCUCCUACCCUGAAAGGCCCAUCAUCUUCCUGUCUAUGUGCUGUAAUCUUUACAGUGUUGCCUACCUGGUGCGGUUGACUCUGGGUAGGGAGCGGGUUUCCUGUGACCUGGAUGCCACAGCAGUACCAAUUCUAGUCCAAGAAGGGUUGAAGAGCACCGGCUGCGCCAUAGUCUUCCUCCUGCUCUAUUUCUUUGGCAUGGCUUCCUCACUCUGGUGGGUGAUCCUGACUCUCACUUGGUUCUUGGCUGCUGGACUGAAGUGGGGCCACGAGGCUAUUGAAAUGCACAGCUCCUACUUCCACAUAGCAGCCUGGGCCAUCCCAGCGGUCAAAACCAUUGUCAUCCUCAUAAUGAGGCUGGUGGAUGCAGAUGAUCUGACGGGACUCUGCUACGUUGGCAACCAGCAGCAGGAGGCGCUUACGGGCUUUGUGGUGGCACCACUGGCCACAUACCUUCUAAUAGGCACUCUGUUCAUCUGUGCUGGCCUAGUGGCUCUUUUCAAGAUCCGCUCCAAUCUUCAGAAGGACGGCGCCAAAACAGACAAGCUGGAGCGUUUAAUGGUGAAGAUCGGCGUGUUUUCUGUUCUCUACACUGUCCCAGCGUCCACCGUCAUUGGCUGUUACCUCUACCAGCUCUCUCACUGGGGGGAGUUCAGGGCCAGCCCCCGGGACUCGUAUGUGGCGUCAGAGAUGCUUCGAAUCUUCAUGUCACUGCUUGUUGGCAUCACAUCAGGCAUGUGGAUCUGGUCCGCAAAAACCCUCCACACCUGGCAGCGCUGCUCCGCCCGCCUGCUCAGGGACAGUAGGGCGAGCCGAGGGGGCAAGAGGGCACCGGGCGAGGGCUGGAUCAAGCCGGGGAAAGGUAAUGAGACAGUGGUGUGAGGAGAAUGAAAGAGAACGGACAGGAAUGGACUUCUGCCUGGUUUCCCCUCGCCCAAAGUCACUCUGCCUAAGAAGAGAAGGAGAGGACAGAGAAGAGAGAGAGGGAUGAGAGGGAGAUGAACAGGGACUGUCUCCAGGAAGCCACUGGAUGUAAUGGCAUCAUAAAAGCUCACUGUGAGUCCUUAAGCAUGUCUCAUCCCCGUCUAAGUGACUCUGAGCCUCUCACAGGGGUAAUGGAGGAGGAAAGUGCAGGUUCGGGUCGUGCAUAAGUAGCAACAAUAGCCUCUCUACCUCUGUUAGACUUCCUUUGCCCAGAGAGACAGAGAAAGCAAGAAAUGAAGGAGAGAGAGAGACGGGAAAGGCAGAACAGAAGCACCAAUAUGCAGACCAGACACACCGAUAAGCUGUGUAGCACCACGUCUACCUCUCUGUCUCUCUUUUCUCCAGAGCACUCAGCGGAAGAGACUGAACCUGCUGGAUACAGUAACCCUUAUACCGUUGUGUCUUUUUCGGGUCUUUUUGAAGUUUGAAUUUUACACUGGAGGGUCUUGGUGCAGACUUUAAACAGAGGUAGGUUGACCUUUCCCAAAAGCAUCUGACAACUUGAGUUCCUGUGGGUUUUUUAUGUCCACACUGGAAAAACAAAACAAAAGAAAUACCAGACCAAAAGUAAAAUCGGAUGGAAACAUAUAAAACAAGGCCUUAAAAUCAAUGAAGUUUUACAUUUAAACAACAUUAUUAUCCAUUUUUGUAAAUUAUUGCCUUUUGUACAAUAUAAAAGAGAAGAUGAUUUUAAUUGCUCAGAUUUUGUGGGGGGAAACCAACUCUAAGCUGUAAUAAUGCACUAUAAUUUUAUACAACAUGUGAAGUGUGUGCGCUUGUUACAAGUGCAUUACCAGGGACAGCAGAGAUGGGACUAGUAACAAGUCAUUACACAAUAUGUUAAUAUGCAGAGAGCCUUUUAACAGAGAGAGUUUGGCCAGUUCUUCUCUGAAAAAAUAACUCGAAUGUGGUCUAUUGCUCAAAUGAAUACAAAUCUACUCAAUCACUUUUCUUACAAAUGUUGUGAAAGCAGAGAAACACAACAAGAGAUUAUUUUUUUAAAUCUGUUUUGUACAUUUAAGUAAAGUCUGUGGUAGCUAUUAAAUCAUACUGCAAUGAAUCCUGGGAGCAACCCAGCUGUACCUUUUAUUGACCCAUAAAUGCGGACGCGGUAAGGUGUCUGGAAAUGUAGGCCUGCAUGUUGUCUGUGGUCUACGAGAAGCCCAGCUAACUUCCAAUGAUGUGUGCAGUCUUCUUGGAAACCCUGCACUGUGUGUGCUCUCGAGUUACCGUGAAAUCCAGGAAAUUAAAUUAUUCCCUCUGCCCUCUUCUCCAACCAUCGGACCUGAGGCAGGUUAAAGAAUUAGAGGUUAUUAGACAAUCAUCUGCCAAAAGACACAUUAUGCAGGAACAAAGAGCUGUCACAGACACACAUGCAAAUGUAUGCAGGUAUACUCGCAUGGGAAUCAGUUCCCACAAAUCUCAUCCUCUGACUUACACAUGAAAUAGUUAUGAUCAGUAACAGUAAUACAACAGUAAUAAUAAUCUGCCUAACAAUCGGUUUUGACUUUCUGUUUAAAUAGCCUCAGUUCAUUGAGGCCAUCACAGAAGCACAAUGAAAGUGGCAGCCUGCAUAUCUGUACGUCUGUCUGUCUGAUGCUCUCAUUGGCCCACUGCCUGCCUGUUUCUCUUUAACCUUGUCUGCUGUGUUGUGGCUCGUUUCCCAGACAAUCAAGUUAUCCCUGGAAAAGAUUAUUGUACAUUACAUUUCAGAUUUCAUGGAUGAUGGAGAUGAGACUUUCAAUAAUUGUCUCCAGAGGUGCAUCUCCCACCGUUUUAAUCUCUCUCAAUAACUACUUAUAGCAUGUACUAAAAGUAUGAAUUUAAAAGUUAUUCCUGGUCCUGACUUGUCACGUCUUACUGCUGCAUCCACCAAAUUCUGCGACUGCCCCGUGUAACGUAUAUUUGCCUGACAAUCUAUCUAUCAAAGCUCUUACGUUUCAGUGAGUCUUUGAAUGUAUAAUACGUGGGUUGUGUGUCACAUUACGUCGUCUACAUUUAAGUAGAGUAAAUAAUAUUUGGUUCUGGGCUUUUUAAAUGUAUAAGGGCUUGAAUCAUUUGGAGCUUUGCCCACCUGUGUGUCAUCUAAAACCAGAUUGUGCCUCACUCAGCCUGUCACAGGUAUUUUUUUAAAUGAAUGUUUAGAAUGGUAGGAAAAUCCUUUUUAAAGUGUGGGCUGCCCUUUUCCCCCAAAUAUGUCAGAUGUAACUAAAUGUAAUAUCACCCUUAUUGCAUUCAAAUAUACUUUUAGUGGUUCUGGUGAAACUUAGAGCCCUGAAAAACCAGUGUUUCUCAAACCAGCAUACCAUGGCACACUUAUUAAAUUUCCAGUUUAACAAACAUUACAUUUAGUUAAAGUAAAUUGAAUUACCCUUUGACCACCUCCCCCUCUGAGCUUAUACAUUUCCCCUCUUAAACUCUCUUAAUGUUUUGGUCGUCUACUCUCAGAUUACCACUGUGAGCUUCAGGUGACAUUUCCAAACAAUCACAGAGUAGUUGAAACAUGAUGAGUGUGUGCCACGGCCUACUGAAGAUUGAGAACCACUGGUGAUACAGAUUUGUAAAAACCCCACAUAUGAAUAAAUGUAGGGAGGGUCGGGGUGGGGGUGGGGGGUCAGUUCAUCAACACUGAUCGUAGCCUUUAAGGUCUAGACUGUUGCUUUGUGUAGAAAACUUGUUGUCUUGAUGAUUUUAUCGAUGUAUUAUAAAAGAAAUUGCUAAUUUAUCCUUGUAAAAAGUGACAAAAAUUGUUAUUUAAAAACACUUUUGUAUCAGAAGAAGAUGAUGAAUAAAAACGUUUUGGUUUCCAA